AUGUACACUACAAUGCACUUCUGUGCCAUUCUUUUGGUGCCUAGCUGCCGUGCCACACGAAAGAGGCAGGAGGGCUGGGAUACCGCCAAGUUGCCUAAACCUAGACAGGGGAAGUCGAGAGAUAGAGGUCGGGUUCGAACCACGGACCUUCCGGUCUACUUUGAGUCCGAAGGUCGGUGGUUCAAACCCGACCUCCGCCUUUUUACUCCCCUGUCAAAGUUUGGGCAGUCCGGCAGUAUCCCAGCCCUUGUGCUUCCUUCGGGAGGCAUGGCAGUUAGGCUCCGAAAGGGCGAUUCAGGGUGUCGUAUCCCGAUAGAUGAGGAUGGGAAAUCUAUUCAGAACAGGAAUAAAAGUGGAUGUGGAAGGGACAUGGAGCUAGUCCACUGUAAUAAUUCCGAGGUGCCUACACCUCCAAAUACUCGUUCGGGCAAUCUGGAUAGAAACUGA